GGAUUGAUAAAAAGCGCACACUAAGCCUAGGGCGGCACUUUUCUAGAUCAGAGAUGAUGUUGAGAAAUUGGCCUGUGGACAUUUCUUAUAGACUUACAGUGUGUAGGCCUGCUUAACGCUGUAUGUAAGACUAGCCCAACGUACACUGUACGUAAUAUCUCACGACGAAAGAAAAGAAAAUCACAACCAAUACCAUGCAGUGUAAACCUUGUUAUUCCGUACAGAUGGCAGUUCCCCCAGAUAUUGAGGCGUAAGGACCAUGAAAAUCAUCUUGGUACAGCUUCUAUGGUACAUCCUCUUUCUGUCAGGACAUGCAGGAGCCACUCCGGCAGUUAGUGGUGUUGAAAUAGGCGAAUUGAGAAAUGGUAACACAAAAUACAACAGUCGGAUGGAGCACAACACAUUUUGGUUAUAUGAAGGAGAAGAGCUAAAUCUGAUAUGCCUGGUGAAGAACGGGUCAUUCCUCGCACAAAAUAAUACCUUUGUGUUUAAACACGAGCAGGGUGUUGUAAAAGAACUGGUAACGGAUGGACAGGCAGAACAGUUUCUGGUUAUCAAGAAAGUGACCGAAAAGCACGCUGGUCUGUACAGCUGUCGACUUCAUCCAGGGGACAGUCUCGUUGGCAGGCUAACUGUUCGCGUUUCCCCGAAGCCGUUGAACUGUAUAGUUUAUAACUGGGAUAGGUUGACCUGUCGCUGGAACGUGACCAAUCCGCCCGACACCCGGUUAGUUUGGACAAUAGUAGGUCCUUUUUAUUACGAAUGUCCCCAUCAUGCUCCGAAUUUCUGCGAGUGGAGGGUUGACGAUAACAACCAUCUAGAUAGUUUCAAACCUUAUAUGUCCUAUUACAAAAUGUGCCUAGUCUCAACGAAUGACACUAGAUGUUACUACAAGGAACGUGUUUACCUGAAUACCAUAGUUAAGCCAGACCCUGUUCCGCUUAAAGACCUACGGUUGUCGUCGCCAUCAAGCAGGACAUUGGAGAUCAGGGGGAAUAACACUUCUAAACACAAAGUCAAUUUGUUGUAUCGAUUCCACCUGAAAGGAGGUUCAGUAAACCAGACCUGGAACUCGACGUCGCUGUACUAUCACUUCACUGGACUCACCCCAUACACAAGAUAUACUCUAGCGGUAACUUGUGUGCCAAAGGAGCAAAGCCAAUACACAAGCGAGGCGGUUCACCUUAAUCUAACCACACUUGCGGAUGUUCCGGACGGGCCACCAGGUGUCACUUCAGGUGGAUUCUGGCAGGGUUUAUGUCGUGACAACAAUACACGUGACGUCAUCGUAUAUUUACAGCCAAUUGAUGAUGCUCUGCGUAAUGCACCGCGUAUCCGGUAUAAUGUAUGUGCGUCCGACACGGAGUUCGUGUUCGCCAAGGAGCCAACAUGGGGAGACAACUCCAUACAGUUACACCUAAACUGUGACGCAGAAUACAAACUGAAACUGUGUGGCGAAUCAGAAGUAGGAGGUUCUAAUCAUGGUGCCAACUUGACAAUCCCUCCCUCUAUUUCUAAAGGUACUUACAGAAACUUUGACCUGAUUGUUGAAGAGGAUACAGAUUUAAAUGUCGUAAUUAUGACGUGGCCGGAAUUCGCCCGAGAUGUUCAACGCCUCAGCCCCGAUGUUCAACACUUCACUGUGUAUUACUGCAAACGUGGACAUCUUGAUAUGCCAAUCUGUAAGGACAACAUUGAGUGGAUACAUUUACCUCCGUCAAACAACUAUACGUUCAACUUAACCGAAGAUUUUUUGAGGGUGACCGGCGACAUAAUGGUUGGAUUAUCCACGGACUCACAAAAUACCACUGGCAUUCUUUGGAGUCCGUGUGUAUUCAUGAAACGUGCAGAUUUACAAAAACCACGGGGACUGCAGGUGACGGAGAACGAGGACCAGAAUUUGGUGGUAAAGUGGAACCCCACUGAGUGUGAAGAUCGCACCGGUGUUGUACAACACCCUUUUGUCAGACGAUACCGUGUGGUGUACUGCGAGAUAGACUCCAAUAUGUAUUCAACUCAAGAACGACAUCCGUGCCCAGCUUCAGAGAGAAUGAAAAUUGUUUCCAAGGAUACCAGUGUCGAGCUCAGAAAUGUGCGGCCGGGUUAUCACUAUGCAGUCGCUGUACAAGCCGUUGUUGAAGACAGAGAUGGCCCGUGGACAGAAUGGAAGGAAACACAGAUAAGCCGAACUAUAACAACAGGAGAAAUAGCAGGAAUUGUCAUUGGAAGCAUUGUUGUGUUGUGUUUCUCACCUUACGGUCUGCUCGUACUCGUCAGGUAGGUACAUGUAUCGC